UUGUGUACAUUAUUGAUCGUAUCCAAUUACGUAGUCCUUCUCAGGAGGAGAGAGAAAAGAAAACCUCGUUGGCCACGAAUUCCCUCUGCCGAAAUAAGGAAAUGCUCGAUAUCUUUAUUUUCUGAGCAUUAAGGGAUUCUUCUUCAGUGGUUAUCAGGAGUGUGAUCUAAAGAUGACAUCACGAUCCAGCCCAACUGGCUUUUCUAAUUUUCUUGACAGUUACUGUCAACAACACUGAGCCAAGAAGGAGCAGUUCAAUCAUGCCCUCAACACAGAAGAACCCAUUGGGCUUUGGCGAGCGAAGAAAGCUGGACAUCUCUCAACCUUUGCAGCCUUGAAGGAGGCUGGUGGUGUUGCCCUCGAACACAACUUGGAUCGUGUGUUUGGACUCUGCAGCAGUCACCAGUUCACCUCUUGGAUAUAGAUGGAGGACCAUGUCUGCUUGUGAGUCUGUUUGACCCAACAUCCUGACAGGAGCACUGUCUGAGGAAGAGCAAACAUGUCCCUCUCAACGGUGCUGGCGAAGGCCCUGUUUGACAAUGCAGCAGAGAGCCCUGAGGAGCUGGCCUUCCGGAAGGGAGACAUCCUGAUGGUUCUAGAACAGGAGCAGGGAGGGGGUCCUGGCUGGUGGCUCUGCUCCCUCCACGGGCGCCAGGGCAUCGCCCCCGCCAACCGCCUCCGCCUCCUCCACACCGCCCCCGCCCCAGGGGUUGACUCCAGACCCCCCAGCCGCGCACCCAGCGAGGACUCUGUGUACCUCUCCCCAGGCCCCCUGGCCCGCACGGCAGUCUCCACGGAGGAUGUGGAUGGGGUCUACCGCACCCCACCUGGCCUGGGGGAGGCCCUGUACCAGAGCCCAGGGGCGGUGCCUGUCGCCUCUAGACCAGGGGUCCUCCGGCAGGCCGAGGUAGGGGGUCGCCCCCGCUCCCGCUCCAGCUCCGGCACACGCCCCUGUCCCGAUUGGGGCGUUGGGGUGACAGGCCGCCCCCGCUCGCCAUCCCUCCGGUCCAGAGGCACAGACUCCGCUGGGAGCCUCUAUCAGACCCCCUCCACCCCCACAGCUCUCGGGCCCCAGCACCACAGGGGUCUGGCUGGAGACCCUGGACCAGAGAUUGUCUACCUGGCCCCGGGUGGGAUUCCUCGGGCGGUGGGUCUAGCUCCAGAGAGGCCAGAGGACAACACUUACCUGUUUCCCAGGGAGACUGUAGCGGCGGUAGGCCACUCUAACGGCUGUUACCUGGUCCCCAGAGGGACAGUCCUGCCCAGCGAGGAGGUCUACCAGACCCCCACAGGAGGGUUAGUCGGGGGGGAUGUGUCGACCCAGGUUACCCCCAUCACUACUAGGGUCCUGGAGGCUCAGAGCUUCACCCCUUCACAGAUAAACGGGGGCGGGGGAGCCCCCCUUAAGCCCCUCACCCCUCAAUCCAAACUGGCACAGGACACCCCUCAGAUGAUGUACCAGACCCCCACCCCUGUGGGAGCAGGGAUUCUCAGGACUCCACCCGUCCUUGCACAGGGAUCCCCCAAACCUCAGCUGAAAGGGGCGACCCCCAAAACCCCAGGGACCCUCGGUGGUCAGGGUGGAGUGCCCUUCACCCCUCCCAUCACCAGGGGGAAGCUAGCUCCUGCUGCUCCCCUCAGGGGUUCCCCCUUGCUGGCCAGAGCAGGACAGGGACAAGGCCGGGUGCCUGGAUCCCCAAACUUUGCUCGUAAGCCCCCUCCUCCAGCCCCUCCAGUGAGGGGGGUAACCAGAAAAGACUUUCCCCAAUCCGUAACCCCUGUAUCCACCUCUCAGCCUGCCCUCUCCACCCCCCAGUCGACUCCUGUACCCCAGUACCAAGAGAGCAAAGAUGGAAGGAUGGCGUCGGAUGAAAAGAAGCAGAAUGGGCAGAAUAAGAAAGGCGAGGACGGAGAGUGUGCAGAUCCUGAUGACGACAGCCUCGAUGAACAGGUGUAUGAUACUCCUCCCAGGAGUAGGUGGCAGCGGCCAGCCCCAGCAGCGCUGUGUGACGAUGACAGCAUCUACAACACCCCACGCUCCCUUCCCCCACACACUGACCUAGAGUCAGAGGUCUAUGAUGUUCCCACCAUCAUACUUAGCACAUCAUCAGAGCCCCAGCAGCAGACUGUCAACGUCCCAACGUCUGUUAUUACUGAUGAAUCGGAGGAGGACGUUUACAGCCUCCCAACCCUUCCUGGCCUACACCUGGGCCUGGACAUGUCCACCAUCGCCCCUCUAGUGGGGACGGAGCACGGCCAGGUCUACUCUGUCCCCGGCUCAGGGAAGAGGGCUCCGCUUGGGCUAGGCGAGGGCAGUGACCCGGGGUCCACCACCGAGCCGGACUGUGGCGUCUAUGACAUGCCCGCUCUCACCCUUGACGUCUUGCCCUCUUCGACGAUGUCAACGUCGUCUUCGUCUUCCACACGUCGGUUAUCGGUAUCCAGUAAUGGGUCUGGUGACGUUCAAUGGAGGAACUCGCUUUCGGGCCUUGUCCAAUCGGUGCUUAGCUCUGCCUCGGGUGCCCCUGCCUCCUCGAGGGACCUGGCAACCUCACUGGCUGAGAUCCUGUCCGUCUGGAAGUCGAGUCAACCUGACGAGGUCCCUCCCCCUCUCCAACAGGCUUGGGCCCGCCUCUCAGACCUACUUCCUGCUUUGUCCGCCGGUGGCCACGCCCCUCCGUCGGAUACUCUUCUCUCUAUGGUCCAACGAGCGCUGGAGGACUCCACCAUCCUAUUUCAGACCCAGGGGCGGCCCCGCCUCCCUUCCCAGGACUCCCUCUCCCGAAGACCCCUACCCGCCCUGCCCGUAGCCGAGGUAAAACCAGUAGGGAGCAGUAUGGGACCACGCAAAGGUAGCUGGAUCCAGGAGAGACCCUUACCCCCCACCCCCCAGCCAGGGUUCCCCCUGCCCCCCGCACAACCCUCCACUGUGACCAUGUCCAUCACUGUGGGGCAGAGCGACGGAGAGGAGGGGAUGGGGAACGAGUACGCAGGAAUAGGUCUGACACCUGCCCCGGCACCACUUCCUCUUGGAGACAGUGUGGGAUACGUGAAACUGCAGGGAAAGCCAGAGCCUCUCUCAGAUGCCCGGACAGAGAAUAGGUCAAACCAGACCCUUCACACCAGGGAGCCUAGGUUGAGCCCCUCCCCUCCUCUGCCCGUCUCCCUCUCUCUGGAGGACUCAGAGUUGCUCUCCUUCUAUUCUUCCCAGUCUCUGUCCCACCUCUCCUGUCUGGCCGAUUCCAUUGACGUGCUCUUCCGCACCGUGCAGGGGAACCAACCUCCCCGUGUCUUCGUUUCCCGGGGGAAGAGUUUGAUCGUGACGGCACACAAGCUGGUGUUUAUCGGGGACACACUCUCCCGCCUCCUGACCUCUCCUGACCUCAGGGCAAAGAUCACAACCUCAGGUGGGCAUCUGUGUCAGGCCCUGAAGGCUGUCGUUGUGGCAACGAAGGGGGCAGCCCAGAACUACCCAUCAGUCGCUGCCACCCAGGAAAUGGUGGACUGCGUGGCUGAGCUGUCCCAGCAUGCCGCAGGCUUCUCCGGCCUGCUGCAGCGCCUCGCGGAAAUAUCUUGACAAUAUUUCUUCAACGUCUCUUCUUAUAACAUGUUUACAAUACAUUUUCUCUCUACUUUGAAAUGCCUUAGUUGUUGUUACAAUGUGUUCUCUUUCAAAUUGAACAGUUUGACGUUUGAAGUGAGGUUGAAACAUUGAAUUUCAGUCCAGAAGAACUGAUCUGUGGCUCAUAUUGCCACCUAGUUAGAUUUUGUGUGUGUGUUCUUGUAUGUGUGUGUUGGUUGGCUUUUGAUUCUUUUAAUACCUAGUCACUUCUGUGCUUUUGGUGCCAAGCACACUUUUCAUCUUGUGUGUCCUGAUGAUUGAUGAACGCUGUUUUUGUUUGAACCCUGUUCGUGACAUUCAGUGUCCCUUGUGGGCCACUGUAUUAUUGGAGUCAGACUAUUUCUGUUCGGUUGCCAUUAUUUUCUCUUACAUUGAAAUAACCGUUUCUUUUCUUUUAUCUUUGCAUCCUUAUUUAUUGUAGGUAACCCUCCAUCCCCCUCUCCAAAAAUAUAAAUCGAGCCUCACAUCCUGCUGUUGUUUGUUAGUGCUAUGGAGGAGAGCAGGGAUAACUUGAUGAAGGUGCAGGUGGUGGGUCUGUAUGUAAACACCGUGGCAGCUUUACUGUGUGUUUCCGCCUGGGCUUGGUGUUGCAUUUGAGAAUCAAAUGUAAUAAAACAACACUUAAAUUUUUUUUUACUAUAGGAUGUAAACUAUAGGAGUUUAAAAGAUGUCUAAAUCAGAUGUGGGACCAGACCACUCUUUUAGCCCCUGCAGUGUCCUACCUUGCAGUCUGGAAGACAGGAAGUGAAAAGAGGAGAAUGUGAGUGUUUUAAACAGGAUUGAGAUAUGAUAGAUGGAACGAUUGAAAGAGAACCUGAGGGGUGUACUACUCUUGUGAAAGGGAUAAUGGUGGAGCAGUAGAGCGCUUAGUCGGUCAUGUUCGUUCCUACGGUUAGGCCACCAAGUGGAAAACCUGUCUGCAAACUUUUACUUGUCUCCACCUGUCUCGCUUUCCAUUCACUCGCUUGUCCCCCCCUCUCUCCUUUUCUCUCGAUUUCCCACAAUCAUUUCACCUUUCGUCACACACCCUGGCUUUCCCACACAGCUCUAGGUACUAUUUUGGCCAUAUUCGUUCUUGGGCUACUCCUAUCCAAUCCUCUCAGAUCCUAAUAAGUGCAUAAGGGGGUAAGGGAUAGUGGUUAAUUUAGGAUUGGGGAGCAGGCUUCUAGGCUUUCGUGUUGUUGAAAGGCACUAAUUGCCCCUUCAAACUCAAUGCUACCACCCACACCCUCACUAGUAUUGCUGUCUCAAAGUCUAUGCAGCAGUGUUGGUGAUAGGAGGAUAAAAUGAACAAAGAUGCAUCAGUGCCAAAAAAAGUAUGAAGAACUUUCACCAAGCUCUAGUGUUUUGCCUUUGAGCUCUUCCUAGUGGAAGGUAGCAGUAUUACUACAGAAUGCCUGCCUGCACAGCGUACACCACAUCCAUGGCCUGACAAUAGAAAAUAAUCAUCAUAAUAAUAAUUGUAUUUAUUGAUAAUUUUGUAUUUGCUUUAUGAUCUGCUUGGCUUUAAGUUGCUUUAUUUCUUAUAUGCACGUAUUUAACAGGAAUGGUUUCACUUCACACAGUGAAUUACAUUUUACUACAAUAAUGGUUCAAAAGAACAAGUGGAGAAGAGCAGUUAGAGUUUGAGAUAUAAUAGGGUUUUUUUUGCCUUUUUUUUUUUGUACCAGAAUAUAUUUUUGAAAGUUUUUACACUAAAGUGAAUUUGUUGGUAUUGGCUCCAUGGCUAUAAAAAAAGGCUGUAUGGAUCUAUCCAGUCUACACUUCAUGAAAGUUGAACACUACAAUGAUGCCUGACUAUGUUCCCCUCAAAAUGCACAAAUACAUUUGUACAAUUACAUUGA